AAAAUAAAUGUAAUUAUGGAAAUUCUUAUCGGAAUAGACAUCGGAAGGAAACCAGUCAGGAUGAAUCCGGUGAUCAAGAUGGUGAAGAGGAUUUGUUUGAGGGUGAAGAAGAAAAUUGUCCAAAAUGGUUCGAUUGGGUCAGUCAUUCUUGUACAUGUCGCCCAUGCGAACAAAAUUUAGUAUCUUACGCUAACUCUUUGAAUAAUGUAUGUGAGAUCAUAACCGAUUGGAUGACUAAAGUUCUAGAUUAUCAUAAUAGUACCAAUAGUACCUCUACCAAGACAUACCAUUCAUUUUCUAAAUUUUUCGAAGCUGCCGAGAAAGAUAAAGCCGUAUUAAAAUUGUUAGAAGAAGCAUGUAAACAAAAUGGGGGUGUAACGAUUCAAGGAUUAUAUUUGCUUGUAAAUUAUAAACGUGAAAGGAACUCUAAAGCGCAUACGAAAGUGGGGAAUCUUAACGAUGCAAAAAUGAGUAUUAAAAAGGCACAUAUACUCCAACCUAUUAGCAGGCCACUGGAAAAAACUUUUGAAAAAAUUUUCAAGUCUGUUUACUAA